AUGCGAGGAUGUCUGCAGUUAGCCCGAUGGCUGAGCGCAGCGCCGAAUUCCCCGGCUGCGAGCCUCAAGUCGUCGGCUGGCUUUCCAUCCCGGUUUAAUUCCCUCCGAUCCUUCACAAGCUCUGCAGUAUGGAGCACAUCUCGGUCCAAGGUAUCAAGUGCGCCUGAUAGAAACCUCGAAUCACGAAUUGCCGCCAUCCCCAUUGAGCGAUAUCGUAAUUUCUGCAUUGUCGCACACGUCGAUCAUGGCAAGAGCACACUCUCCGAUCGGUUACUCGAGCUCACCGGGACCAUCAAGGCUGGAAUGAAUAAACAGGUGCUGGACAAGCUCGAUGUUGAGCGCGAGCGAGGAAUCACCGUCAAGGCUCAGACUUGUACGAUGAUCUACAACCACAAGGGCGAGGACUACCUGUUGCACUUGGUGGAUACGCCCGGCCAUGUUGAUUUUCGUGCAGAGGUAUCGCGCAGUUAUGCUAGCUGUGGAGGAGCGCUGCUCCUAGUUGAUGCCAGCCAGGGCGUUCAGGCGCAGACUGUCGCCAAUUUCUACUUGGCCUUUGCACAAGGCCUCGAAUUGAUACCGGUCAUUAACAAGGUGGACUUGCCAUCGGCGGAUCCAGAGCGGGCUCUGGAACAGAUGAAGAGUACAUUCGAGUUGGAGGCCGAGAAUGCAGUGCUGGUUUCGGCCAAGACGGGCUUGAAUGUUGAAGCCCUUCUUCCGACGGUUGUUGACAAAAUUCCUGCUCCCAUCGGUGACACCCAAAAACCCCUGCGUAUGUUGCUCGUCGACUCGUGGUACGACUCCUACAAAGGUGUGAUUCUUUUGGUGCGCGUUUUCGACGGCGAGGUGCGUGCAGGCCAGCAGCUCGUCUCGUUUGCCACGGGUAUCAAGUACUACGUGGGCGAGGUCGGAAUCAUGUAUCCCCUUGAAACUGCCCAAACGGUCCUCCGCGCCGGUCAGGUCGGGUACAUCUACUUCAAUCCCGGCAUGAAGCGAAGCAAAGAGGCCAAGAUCGGAGACACUUUCGCCAGAGUGGGCCAGGAAAAGUCAGUUGAACCCCUGCCCGGGUUUAUAGAGCCCAAGUCGAUGGUCUUUGUGGCAGUGUACCCCGUGAACGCAGAUCAUUUCGAACAUUUGGAAGACAGUAUCAACCAACUCAUGUUAAAUGACCGAAGUAUCACGGUUCAAAAGGAAUCGUCCGAGGCUUUGGGUGCCGGAUUCCGCAUGGGCUUCUUGGGCACACUUCACUGCUCGGUGUUCGAAGAUCGCCUGAAGCAGGAGCACGGUGCCAGCAUCAUCAUCACCCCGCCCUCCGUUCCGGUCAAGGUGGUGUGGAGAGAUGGAACAGAGGAAAUUAUUACCAAUCCGGCCAAGUUUCCCGAUGACGAUAGUGUGCGUCUCAAGGUCGCCGAGGUCCAAGAGCCUUAUGUGUUGGCCACAUUGACCUUUCCCGACGAAUACCUCGGAAAGGUGAUUGAACUUUGCGAGUCCAACCGGGGCGAGCAACAAAGCAUUGAAUAUUUCACCUCAAGUCAGGUUAUUAUGAAGUAUCAACUACCCUUAGCACACUUGGUCGAUGACUUCUUCGGCAAGCUCAAGGGCGGCACUAAGGGCUACGCCAGUCUGGACUACGAAGAGUCCGCCUGGCGAGCAGGCAACAUUGUCAAGCUACAGCUCCUAGUCAACAAAGAGCCAGUGGAUGCCGUGUCGCGACUAAUGCACAUGAGCCAGGUCAGUCGACAGGGCAGGAUUUGGGUAACCAAGUUCAAAGAGCAUGUUGACCGGCAGCUCUUCGAAAUCAUUAUCCAGGCUGCUGUGGGUAAAAAGAUCAUUGCCCGUGAAACCAUCAAGCCGUAUCGCAAGGACGUGCUGGCUAAGCUGCAUGCCGCUGAUGUGAGUCGGCGACGGAAGCUGCUGGAGAAGCAGAAAGAAGGCCGUAAAAAGCUGAAGGCUGUCGGGAAUGUGGUGAUUGAACACAAGGCAUUCCAGGCAUUCCUAGCGAAAUAA